AUGUAUCCGAUCGAUGCUUACACACUGAAGCUUGAGCGCUUUGACGAUGAAGCGCGCAUCCCACCUUACGCCAUCCUCUCCCACACUUGGGGCGAGUCCGAGGUCACUUUUGAACACAUCCGCAAACUGAACGAGUUAGAUGGUCUUGGAGCCUGGAAUAUACGCAAGACAUGUGAGCAGGCUCUCAAGGAAAACCUCUGCUACGCGUGGGUGGACACGUGUUGCGUUGAUAAAAAGUCAUCAGCGGAGCUGAGCGAAGCCAUCAACAGCACGUUCCGAUGGUACCGGCAGUCCUUUGUGUGCUACGCAUUCCUUCAAGACGUCACACAUGGUGGCGAGGACAUUUUCGAAGAUCUGACGGGCGCAAGGCGGUCCACAAGAGGGUGGACGCUGCAAGAGCUCUUCGCACCACCGCAUAUGGCACUCUACGACCAAAGGUGA